UAGCCCAGGGCUUAAAAAUUCCACUCGCCUGCUCGCCAAUGGUGAGUGGAAAUUAUGGUGGGUGUGUCCCCCAAGGCCGUCUUGCUGAGCAGGCUCGGAGCUCAGGCCGGAUCUGUCAUUGGCACUGGGAGCCAUCAGACUGCUCAAUAGCUGAGUGCAGUGAAAGCAAAGGAAGGAGUGUGUGCUGUGCUCUCUGCCUCCCCCUAGAGUGCAGUACCCGGAUCUGUGAGUGAACAAUGAAGUACUGCAACCUUUUAUGGAUGUGUGUGUGUGUACAUGUGUGUGUGUUUGUGUGUGUCUGUGUAUGCAUGUAAAAUUGUACAUGUGUCUGUGUGUAUGUACAUGUGUGUAUCUGUACAUGUGUCUGCAUGUAUGUGUGUGUGUACAUGUGUCUUGUGUGUGUGUUUGUGUGUAUGUACGUACAUGUGUCUGUGUGUACAUGUGUCUGUGUAUGUAUGUACAUGUGUUUGUUCAUGUGUAUUUCUGUGUAUGUACA